UAGCUAGACCUCAAAGUGUCGGUAUAUAACGUGAUGGUGGCGCGCGCUCCACAGCUCGACGAGCUAGGUUGCUGUUAAGUAUAUAUAAACUACCAGCUCCCAUCUCCUUCGUGGUAGCCAUGGAUAGGGAAGAGAAAGAAGAUGGAGUAGUUCUGGUUCUUGAUCGACCUUUAUUAGCAGAACCAUCAACCGGAAACAGUCCACCUGCAUAUGUACAAGGCAAAAGCCUAGCGUCAAGAGUUUGGAUAGAAACCAAGAAACUAUGGCGCAUCGUGGGACCCGCUAUCGUCGCGCGGAUUGCUAGUUUCUCCAUGAACGUUAUUACACAGGCCUUCGCCGGACACCUCGGUGACAAUGAGCUCGCUGCAAUCUCGAUCGUCAACAAUGUCAUCAUCGGCUUAUCAUUUGGUCUCCUGUUGGGAAUGGCUAGUGCGCUGGAAACUCUAUGUGGGCAAGCUUUUGGGGCCAAAAGGUACCCAAUGCUUGGGAUUUAUCUCCAGAGAUCAUGGAUCGUGUUGUUCAUCUGCUGCAUUCUUCUAUCGCCCAUUUAUGUUUUCGCUUCUCCGAUUCUGAAACUACUGGGGCAGACAGAUGAAGUUUCAGAGCUUUCAGGGGUGGUGUCUCUUUGGGUUUUGCCAUUGCAUUUCAGCUAUGCAUUUUUUUUCCCAUUGCAAAGGUUCGUGCAGAGCCAGCUCAAGAACUUUGUGACUUUGUGGAUGUCCUUGGUGGUUCUGGUGAUUCAUACCCUGAUAAGCUGGAUUUUUGUGUAUGUUUUGGAUUUUGGAAUUGUGGGUGCUGCUGUGACUCUAGGUAUUUCAUGGUGGCUCUUGGUUUUCAUGCUACUUGUGUAUGUGACAUGUGGCUGGUGUCCACUGAGUUGGCAUGGUCUGUCUAUGGAGGCCUUUUCUGGGCUCUGGGAAUUUGUCAAAUUAUCUACUUCUUCUGGCGUCAUGCUCUGCUUGGAAUUCUGGUAUUACAAAAUAUUGAUAGUAAUGACUGGAUACUUACCAGACUCGACUCUUGCUGUUGAUGCCUUAUCAAUUUGCAUGACUGUAAAUGGGUGGGAGUUCAUGAUUCAUUUAGGUUUCUUGGCCGGAGUCGGAGUAAGGGUGGCAAAUGAGCUCGGAGCUGGAAAUGGUCAGGCAGCAAAGUUUGCAACCAAGGUAGCAGUGGCCGAAUCGAGCUUCAUCUCCCUUUUCUUCUGUGUGCUCAUUAUCGCCCUACAUGACAAGUUUGGAUACAUCUUCACAUCAAGCACCGAUGUCCUCCUAGCAGUUGAUCACUUGUCUUACCUCUUGGCUAUUACCAUUAUUCUUAACGGGAUUCAACCCGUUUUGUCAGGCGUAGCUAUAGGUUCAGGAUGGCAAGCGUGGGUGGCAUACGUAAAUCUUUUUUGCUACUACAUUGUUGGGCUUCCACUGGGAAUAGUAUUGGGAUGGGUUGCUGACUAUGGGGUUUUGGGUAUGUGGGCUGGGAUGAUUCUUGGUGGUACUCUUGUACAAACUGUGAUUUUGGCUAUCAUUGCAACACGACGCGAUUGGGAAAAUGAGGCACUGGCUGCUGGCCGGCGGGUAAAGAAGUGGUCGACACAAGAUAAUCAAGCUGAGGGACAGCAAUAAGCCAAUAUGCAUCCCAUUCAGCUGAAGGAAAAUAACAUAUAGGAGCACAAAAGGUUCCUGAA